AUGACUCGCGCCUCUGCGGCCAACAACGUAUCGUCGUAGUCGUAGCAGCGCGCACACAAGUCGUUGGAUGGGCUCAGUCCCGACUCAGCCAUCGAGUAUAGAGCAAAUAUAUAGGCGUACCGAUUGAUACAAAUCGCCCGACUCGCGACUCGUUGGCAGUAAUUCGGAGUACUGAACACACAUUCUCGUUUCUCGCCCUCCUACCCUACGUGUUUGUGUGUGUGUAUUUGUUCGGCAUGAUCGAUGUAAUCUCUUGGACUUGUUCGUCGUCGCUACCGUCGACCGUUGUUGAAUUUUAACUGACGCACAGCACAAUAUAAUCGGAGCAUCGCGAUUGAUGCCUCGAAGCUGCGGAAAAUAGCGCCUGCCACAGCAGCAUCCGAGCGCAGCAGCGACAAGUUGCAAAUAUUUUCUGCGUACAUAACCUGCCUCGUCGAGAGUUAAAAAGCAGUUGAGUUUUGCACGGAGCUCUCUCCGUCUCUCUAUCUCUCUCUCUCCUAUACAGCUCUCGCCAAUUCCGACUUCCAAUAUAGGUAGCUAUAUAUAAAUACGCAGAGAGCCAAAGUGUGUGACGUGACUGUGUUAGUGUAGGGUGCUGCUGAGUUGUGCUGGCUCUCGGGCUUCGUAUCUAUCUCGGUGCGAUUCAGUGCGCGAUACAUAUAUAUUAUUGUAAUUUGUGAGUUUCGCGCUUGUGAUCGGAGAAUUUGCACUGGUCACACUGCAAGAGAGUUGCUUAUCAUCGAGCCACGGUCGUGUGUCUCCUAGCUGCGUGCAUCAAAGCUGGGACGCUUCGAGUGUGUCUGGUGAACUUCUUUGACAAGUGCGUUAUAUCUCGGAGCAUUUGUAAACCUGUAUACAUUGCUGUAUCGAGCCAAAGAGAAGUUACUCGAGUAACAAUAACAACAGGAUCAUAAUAAUGAUCAACAUGGAGACCGAUGAAGAGACGCGUCAUCGUGAGACCGCUCCAAUGACGCUAUUGAGCGACGUUGGCGAGACGAAGAAGGAGCCACCAAGCGCCAGCAUGUCGGCGCAAUUCAACGAGGAGCUCGACCACUGCAUGAAGUACUUUGAAAAGUGGAACGACUUCGAGCAAAUCAACUGCGUCGAGCAGCUGCUGUCGCGCAUGUGUCACUACCAGCACGGCUACAUCAACGACUACCUGAAGCCGAUGCUGCAACGAGAUUUCAUCUCGCUACUGCCCAAAAAAGGACUGGACCACGUGAACGAGACGAUUCUCUCGUACCUGGACAACGAGUCGCUGGCGGCGGCCGAGCUCGUCUGCAAAGAGUGGCACAGGGUCAUAAGCGACGGCAUGCUGUGGAAGAAGCUGAUCGAGCGCAAAGUCCGGACGGACUCGGUGUGGCGCGGCCUGGCCGAGCGACGGGGCUGGAUCCAGUACCUGUUCAAGCCGCGCCACGGCGAGCACCACCCAAACCACACGUUCUAUCGGAAUCUCUUCCCGAAGAUCACGCGCGACAUCAAGAACAUCGACAACAACUGGCGCAACGGCAACUUCAAUCUGCAGCGCAUCAAUUGCCGCUCGGAGAACUCCAAGGGCGUCUACUGUCUGCAGUACGACGACCAGAAGAUCGUCUCGGGUCUCAGGGACAACACGAUAAAGAUCUGGGACCGCAACAGCCUGCAGUGCGUCAAGGUGCUCACGGGGCAUACGGGUUCGGUACUCUGCCUCCAGUACGACGACAAGGUCAUCAUAUCCGGCUCGUCCGACAGCACCGUGCGUGUCUGGGACGCCAAUACCGGCGAAUUACUGAGUACUCUCAUACACCAUUGCGAGGCUGUGCUGCAUUUACGGUUCAACAACGGUAUGAUGGUCACAUGUUCCAAGGAUCGUUCUAUUGCCGUUUGGGACAUGACGUCGCAGACGGAAAUAGCGCUGCGACGCGUACUCGUCGGGCAUCGCGCGGCCGUCAAUGUGGUGGACUUUGACGAGAAGUACAUUGUGUCAGCGAGCGGCGAUCGCACGAUCAAAGUUUGGAACACGUCUAGUUGCGAAUUCGUUCGGACCCUCAGCGGCCAUAAACGCGGCAUAGCCUGUCUUCAGUAUAGAGACCGUCUCGUAGUAAGUGGAAGCAGCGACAACACCAUACGGCUCUGGGACAUCGAGUGCGGCGCCUGCUUGCGCGUUUUAGAGGGACACGAGGAGCUCGUGCGCUGCAUCAGGUUCGACAGUAAACACAUCGUCAGUGGUGCUUACGACGGUAAAAUCAAAGUCUGGGAUUUAGUGGCAGCCUUAGAUCCACGAACCAGCUCAGCGAACCUGUGCCUGCGUACAUUGGUGCAACAUACUGGACGAGUAUUCCGAUUACAAUUUGACGAAUUUCAAAUCGUUUCGUCUUCGCAUGACGAUACCAUACUUAUCUGGGACUUCCUCAACUGUAAUCAGGAAACUUCGGGCAGCGACAACAGCCCCAACAGUUUUCGAAACAGUGCAGCGAGUAAUCAUAAUCAUUCAGAUACCAGAUCUCCAUCUCCACCAGAAUUAGUUGAGAAUGAAUAUUAGCAGAAGGAUUGAGUAAGCAUGCAGAGAAGGCUUGUCCCUAUAGUGUUCUAUCAAUUAAAAAACUUUCUAACAAGUACUGAUAACUUCUGUUUUCAACAGCGUUCGAGUGACGAUUCAAAACAAUGAUUCCUUUAUUGUGAUAUAACUACAAAUGGUUUAAGAGUAAUUUCAAUGUGUUCGCGAUAACCUGCGCCAUGGAAAACGAUCGACUGUAAGGGACGAUCAUUUUCCUGAGUCGAACGCAUGCUAUCGUGAUCUGAGAACAAGGCUGGAGAUGAGAAAUUUAGCCGCUAAUUAGUUCAUCGUUUUUCGUUACGAACCGUGUGCAUCGAAAAAGCAUCAGAAGCAUUUUAUUCUUCUAGGUACUAAAAAAAUCAAUAAAUAUUGUUCGAAAGAAUCAUGCUUAUAUUUACAUUGAAUCGGUAUAUAAAGCGCAUGAAAAGUCAAAACUUGCAGUUAUAGCUGCUAAUGAAUACGAGUACAUCCUAUGGAUGUACAUUGAAAACAAGUUCACAAACUACUGGCUUUUCACUUGAACUCAAUCAAAGAGUGCAUCUCGAGUAAAUAUGACAAAGUUGACCACUUUUUUCCAAUGCAAUUUUUGCGCGGAAAAAAUUUAAAAACUGUACGAAUAAAUUGAGUGUGGAAUCGUAGAAAAAAGACUUAAGAAAGAAAGGAAACGAUCUUAGGAUGGUGAUUAAGUAAAAUACUAGGUGUAUUAUAGUAAAUGAAUUUUUUAAUGUAAUUAAUUUAUAGUGUGAAGUUGUGCGAUCAUAAAAGGGACAGCUUAUGUUUUGUCGUGUGUUUUAAAUGAUAAUUUCAUUGUGUACGUAUGUCUGUGACUGAGUUCAAGAAAAUCGUAUAAACUUUGAACAAUUUUUGAUUAUCGUCUUAUAAUUACCAAGUUAUAAAGUUAUUACGUGAAGAAAAGUAUGGUUGGAAUUGCUAUUUAUCUAGCAAAAUUAACAUUAAUCGUCAAGCGCCAAAUGUGAGUUAUAGAUGUAAAAUAAAUAUUUUUCUUCACCGUGUAUUUGUAUGAAAUGAAAUAAAAAUUUUCUAUGUUAUUCUCCCUGGAUUAAAGCA